AUGAAGAGUAUGCGAGGGUUGAUGCACACAACCAGUGUCGAAACUACCCAUGAACACAAAACCACAUUCGCUACAACCUCUGUGGCUGGGCAUAAAAGAAGUUCAUCGACUACAGGAGAAGAACAAAAAUUCAGACCACCUGCUUCUCGAACCGCAGUUCAGUUUCAACGAGCAGUCAGUCUGCCUGCUGUUGCUCCUAGGAUAUCAGCGAGUCGCAUUGUUCGUCUUGAUGAACGAAUCGGUCCCUCUGAAUACUCCCAAAGAAGAACUAUAGCUGCAACUCCUACGUCUUCUUGUGAUCCUGAGCUCGAUUUGAGUCAUCCUACUUACGAUCUACCACAGCAACUGGUUGAUAAUUUUGCGUCACUUGGUAUAAAACAGAUAUACCCUUGGCAAAAAUCAUGUCUCAAAGGCCCUGGACUCUUAUCAGGCGAAAAGAAUCUUGUGUAUUGUGCACCAACUGGUGGUGGCAAAUCACUCGUGGCUGAUGUACUUAUGCUCAAGAGAAUCCUACAAGAAAAAGGAACGAAGGCCCUCCUUGUGUUACCAUAUGUUGCUUUGGUGCAAGAAAAAGUUCGCUGGCUUCGUAGUGUGGUGCAGGGCUUACGCUUCGCUCCUGAUACAAAUGUCGACGAUGACAGGCGCAUCUGGCGUCGACGAGCUGAUGAAAACACUGUUCGAGUCGUUGGCUUUUUUGGAGGGGGGAAAGUUCGAGCAACAUGGGCCGACUUCGAUAUCGGUGUGUGCACAUUGGAAAAGGCAAAUGCACUUGUGAACACGGCCAUCGACGAUUGUUCCAUUUCUAAGCUACGCGCAGUUGUGCUUGACGAGUUGCACAUGGUCGACGAUGAACAGCGAGGUUAUUUGUUGGAACUUGUCGCAACCAAACUGCUCAGCCUCGAGCAACCUGUACAAAUUGUUGGUAUGAGCGCAACUCUCCCGAAUAUGGACAUGAUGGCCCAGUGGCUUGGUGGGCACUGCUAUGAAACUCGGUAUCGGCCGGUUCCCAUAGAGGAGCACCUCGUGUAUGACGGCAACAUUUAUCCCGCAGGUUCUACAAGCAGUCUCAUCAAGACAGCCGCGCAACUAAAUAGUCGAACCACACAAACACAGGCACAGACGAAGCCCGUCAGACGAAUUGAACCGUCUACCCACAAAGAGCUUCGCGACCCUGUUUUAAAUGCAGUAGUGACACUUGCUCACGAGACUGCGGCUGCUGGCUUCGGGGCCCUUGUCUUUGCUGGGAGCCGUGGCAUGUGCGAGUCUGAUGCACGAUGGAUCAGUCGAGCUAUGCCCGAACCGCACGAGCCUAAAGUUGAAAUUGUUGACAGGAGGAUGGAUUUGUUAGGAGAGCUCCGCAGUCUUAACACUGGAGUUGAUCCGGUUUUGGAAGAGACCGUUCUAUAUGGCGUUGCUUUUCAUCGUAAGUGCAACUGGUUGGUUUUCGGGAUUUAUUAUUUGUCGCUAACAACAAUAGACGCUGGCUUGACUACUGAAGAGAGAGAUCUCAUCGCAGCAGCUUACGACGCUGGAACAUUGCUCGUUUGCGUUGCUACCUGUAGUCUGGCAGCUGGUAUUAAUUUGCCUGCAAGAAGAGUGAUUCUGCACAACUGUCGGAUGGGGCGUGAAUUUGUUGGGCCGGCCAUGCUCAGGCAAAUGCGAGGACGAGCAGGGAGGCAAGGGAAAGCACCCAUUGGUGAGACAUAUUUAUGCUGUCGAGAAAACGACCUGGAACAGGUCGUAGAGCUCAUGAAUGCCGAGCUGCCUCCAGUCGCAAGCUGUUUGAAUACUGAAAAUCGGCGUAUUCAACGUGCUUUGUUGGAGGUAAUAUCCAUACGUCUCGCUACGAGUCAUGAGUCCAUAUUGGACUAUUUCUCAAAGUCGUUAUUGAGUCAUACCCACGAUGCCAAGUUUGUGGAUGAUUGUAUCACAUCCAGCUUGGAGGAAAUAGAGUCUAUGGGCUUUGUUACCCGCGAUUCUUUAUCCAUGUAUACAGCGACACAGUUAGGCAGAGCAAUUGUGGCAUCCGCCAUCGAUCCAGAUGACGGCGUGUUCGUCCACAAUGAACUCAGUCGAGCUCUCCAGGCGUUUGUCAUGGAUGGUGAGAUGCAUGUACUUUAUACAUUUACACCAGUCCAAGAAUUCGGUGUCGUGGUGAAUUGGCAAGUUUUCCGGAAUGAAAUGGAGCGUCUAGAUGAGAGUGGCUUACGAGUAUUGCGGCUUCUGGGAAUUAAGCCUACGACGAUACUCAAAUUGGCUCAAGGUGCCACACUUCGUGAGACAACGCAAGAAGAAAAGCAAAUUGCUCGCGUGCACCGACGCUUCUACCUUGCCCUCCAGUUGAGGGACUUGUGCAACGAAGUGCCGAUACACAUAGUGGCACGCAAAUACGAUGUGCCUCGUGGAAUGGUUCAGAAUCUUUCACAAACCUGCCAAGGCUUCGCCGCGGGAAUGAUCAAGUUCUGUGAACAAAUGAGCUGGGGAGUAAUGGCUGCAGCUCUUGAUCACUUUUCUGACAGACUUGUGGCUGGUGCAAGGGCUGACCUGUUGGCUUUGGCCAAGAUUCCCUUUAUCAAGAGCCGAACGGCGCGAGUUUUCUGGGAGAACGGAUUUCGAACUGUGGCAACAAUUGCGAACGCUGAUCCUGCAGAGCUGCUCCCUGUGUUGAUGCAGGCUCAACCAAACAAGAUUCGUCUAAAAGGCAAAGAUAAUGAAAAGUACGAAGAGAAACUGCUUAUUAAGGCCCAAAUUAUAUCAGAUGCUGCGAGUAAGAUCUGGAAACUACAAAUGCAGGCAGAGAUGGAGGAAGAGUAG